GCAACGGGAUCGAACGUACCCUAUGUCGUCAUUUUCAGGGAAGUCGUGGCAUUAUGGCGGCUUCCAUGGCAAGACGUUGGUUUUCUAUUUGCGGAAAUGUCCGCACUUGCUUGAAUGCGAAUUCGCUGCCUCCAAAAUGUCCGCGUGUUCAUUUGAGUGAACUAAACAGCAGUCUACAGCAGAACGCUGGUUAUGUAACACGACGGUCAGACAAUGGCCAGGAUGCCCAACUAUACAUUCCAGUGGACCGUCUGACGGUGUCUUACAGUAGAAGCAGCGGUCCUGGUGGCCAGCACGUCAAUAAAGUCAACACAAAAACAGAGAUCCGAUUCCAUGUGUUAACUGCAGACUGGAUCCCAGAAGUGGUGCGACAGAAAAUCUUGGAAAAGAACAAAAAUCGAAUCAACAAGGCCGGCGAAUUGUUGGUGACCUCAGAGCUGAGCAGGAGCCAGCACAGAAACUUCACUGACUGCUUACAGAAGAUCUCGGGCAUUAUUGCUGAAGCUAGCGAGAAACCACACGAGGCCAUGCCAGAAGAGAUCGCCCUCAGGAAAUCUAGAUUGGACAAGAGAAACAAAGAGAGAAUCAGACAGAAGAAGAUCCAUUCUGCUACUAAACAGAGCAGGCGGCUGGAGUUUGAUUAAUCUUUCAGCCUGCUAGUAAUAGCACUAUUUAAGGUAUUUAUUUUAUUCAUAAUAAAAAUUUUUUGAAAUAUCUACAUGCAUUCAUUUAAACAUUCUGUGACCAAUCUGCAUGUUGCCAGUUUUAACAGUUCCAACAUUUGAGUACCGUAAUUUCCGGCCUACGGAGUGCACCGGAUUAUAAGGUUCACCCAGUACAUUUGUAACAUUUGGUACAUACAUAAAUCGUACCUGUGUACAAGCCGCAAGUACCCACAUUGAAACCCACAUUGAAACACGAGAUAUUUACAAAGAAAGACAGUACACGUAGUUUUCAAAGUUUUAAUAUCUUAUCUUAUCUUGACAUAGUAACAACACAAACAGGGCUGGUUAAAAAAAAAAAAAACAACAACAACAUACCGGUAAAAAAAAGAACACACAGUAUCAAAGCCGGUUAAAAAAAAAUCACUAAAUUGCUGGAUGCGGCAGUAACCCACCAGAAAUACACUAGGACGGCGCUAACACGGCCGGUUGAAAAAAAAAAAAAAAAAAAAACGGUAAAAAUCACUGAGACAAGGCAGUAACAUAGCAGCAACACGCUAACACAGCACUAGCGCAGCGCUAACAGGGCCGGUUAACCCUCUGUUAACCAAGCAGGGUUCCAGGUUAUCUGAAAUUGUACAACACUGGUUAAUAAUGGCAAAUGCCAAGUUGGUAAACUGGAAAAGGGGCCCUAAUGUACCAUGUACAAAAAUGUAACACAGGUCAACAGAGGGUUAAAAAAAAAAAAAAAAAAAAAACUAAAUCACUGAGUAACAGUAACACAGCAGAAACACACUAGCAUGGCGAUAACGCUACCGUGGCAUUAACAGAGCCAGUUAAAAAAAAGACAUACCGGUAAAAAUCACUGAGACGCGGCAGUAACACAGCAACAACACGCUAGCACAGCGUUAACAGGGCUGGUGGUUAAAAAAAAAAAAAACGGUAAAAAUCACUUGAGACACGGCAGUAACACAGUAGCAACACGUUAGCACAGUGCAACACUAGCGCAGCGCUAACAGGGCCGGUUUUGAGACACAGCAGCAACACCGCUAGCACAGCGCUAACAGGGCCAGUUAAAAAAAAAACACCGGUAAAAGUCACUUCCUCAGCACAUAUAUUCCACUGGUCUCACUCUUACCUUUUCCACUCGAGUGACCCCUUGCGGCCGUUUGAAAAUAAUGCACAAAUUAACCUCAUCACCGCAUAACCCGCAGGGUUGAAAGCAUGCGGAAAAAAAGUCAGGGUUUCUAGGCCGGUAAUUACAGUAAUCAUGGAUUAGAAUGAGUGGAGCAAAGCAUCUAAAUGUAAAUACUGCAGUGGUAUGACACAUACAUUACUCAAGUUAUCACUGCUUGACCUGUUAGCAGGAGACAUAGUAGGAUAUUGUAGUAGAGCAAUAUAUUUACCAGGAGGUAACACUUUGAGGUAACUCUGUGUGUAAAGUAUGUCAAGUAUCGAAGCGUGAGACGCAAGUUCGGUAAUGUGGGAUUCAUCAUUGUUUUUGUGUCAAUUAAUUUUUACAAACAAUGCAAAACAAGUCUAUUACCAUUAAAUAACGUGCCAAAACCCAAACAUGGUUGGUCAGUCUUUGUUCCAAAUGUCAACUAAUGGCUUCAUAUAAGGUUUGAAUGAGCCUCAGGUUUCUUUGGGAUGCCGCAAAAGCUGGAAGAAUCAUUCAUAUUCACUCUGUAUGUGCAGCCCGUCACGCAACACAAGCGUUACCAUUUAGUAAAUUGUAAUUCAAGAAAAUCAUGAUAAGCGGCUCAGAAAAUUGAUGGAUGGAGCCAUUCAAGCCAAGGCAGUCACUCGGAAUAAUAUGUUAAUUGCCACAUAUGAUACUUCUUCAGAUUGCUGCUUUCCUCUGCUAGCAUAUGGGAGCUGUGCGCUGCUUGAAUAUAAAU